AUGACUACUACUACUACUACUACUACUACUACUACUACUACUACUACUACUACUACUACUACUACUACUACUACUACUACUACUACUACUACUACUACUACUACUACUACUACUACUACUACUACUACUACUACUACUACUACUACUACUACUACUACUACUACUACUACUACUACUACUACUACUACUACUACUACUACUACUACUACUACUACUACUACUACUACUACUACUACUACUACUACUACUACUACUACUACUACUACUACUACUACUACUACUACUACUACUACUACUACUACUACUACUACUACUACUACUACUACUACUACUACUACUACUACUACUACUACUACUACUACUACUACUACUACUACUACUACUACUACUACUACUACUACUACUACUACUACUACUACUACUACUACUACUACUACUACUACUACUACUACUACUACUACUACUACUACUACUACUACUACUACUACUACUACUACUACUACUACUACUACUACUACUACUACUACUACUACUACUACUACUACUACUACUACUACUACUACUACUACUACUACUACUACUACUACUACUACUACUACUACUACUACUACUACUACUACUACUACUACUACUACUACUACUACUACUACUACUACUACUACUACUACUACUACUACUACUACUACUACUACUACUACUACUACUACUACUACUACUACUACUACUACUACUACUACUACUACUACUACUACUACUACUACUACUACUACUACUACUACUACUACUACUACUACUACUACUACUACUACUACUACUACUACUACUACUACUACUACUACUACUACUACUACUACUACUACUACUACUACUACUACUACUACUACUACUACUACUACUACUUCUACUACUACUACUACUACUACUACUACUACUACUACUACUACUACUACUACUACUACUACUACUACUACUACUACUACUACUACUACUACUACUACUACUACUACUACUACUACUACUACUUCACGACGGAGGUGA